AUGGCGGCGGCGCGGCGGCAGCGCGCGCGGCGGUACCGCUUCCAGGAGGGUCCGGCGGCGCUGGCCGUGCGCGUGCCCGAGGUGCUGGACUCGCAGUACGGCACGUACGUGUGGCCCUGCGCCGUGGUCCUGGCCCAAUACCUGUGGGUGCACAGGCGGAGCCUGCUCGGCAAGCGAGUGCUGGAGAUCGGUGCCGGUGUGAGCCUCCCCGGCGUGGUGGCCGCCAGGUGCGGUGCCCAGGUGAUCCUGUCGGACAGCGAGGAGCUGCCCCAGUGCCUGCGGAGCUGCCGCAGCAGCUGCCUCAUGAACCGCCUGCCAAACGUGCCCGUCCUCGGUCUCACCUGGGGCCGCGUGUCGCCAGAGCUGCUCUCUCUUGCACCCAUAGACAUUAUUUUAGGCUCAGAUGUCUUUUUUGACCCCAAAGACUUUGAAGAUAUUUUAACUACAAUUUACUUCUUGUUGGAGAAGAACCAACAUGCUCAAUUUUGGACAACGUACCAAGUCCGAAGUGCUGACUGGUCUGUCGAGGCUCUGCUCCACAAAUGGAACCUGAAGAGCACCCACGUUCCCCUGCACUCCUUUGGUGCAGACAAAGAGCACUUGGCCAGCUCCUCUAUGCCAGGAAGACACACAAUUGAAAUGAUGAUCAUCUCACUAGCACAGUCAGAGGGCACUUCACUUUAUUCCACUUCAGACUGCAGUACAAGGUGAUACUCAGCUGUUCACUGUAGCACAGAGCUGCAGAGAACAGUCCUGGUUACAGCAAACCUCGUGGAUAUUUUGGGGAAGCAGCAAUUCCUGAAACAUGCAUUGUAAAAAUAAAGCUGUUUGGUUUUCCA